AUGAGCCUGGUCAUGUCCGACGAGUUUGGCAACCCCAAGAAAAGUCUGGCGGUGGGGGUGCGAGACCGCAAGUGGACAGCCGAGAAGCUGCACUACAGCGCGACGCAGGACAUAGAAGUCUACCAGCCGGAGCAGGUCCAGGUCCGAGGAGGAGCGCUGGAGCUGAAGAUGAGCAAGCGGUCCAGCACGGCCGUGAUGCAGGGCGUGGAUGGGAGCAUGAAGGAGGUGUCCAGCAAGUAUGCUUCAGGCAUGGUGACCUCCUGGAACAAGUUUUGCUUCACAGGCGGGUACGUCGAGGUUUCUGCGCAGCUGCCCGGCGACGACGUCACCCCCGGCUUCUGGCCUGCCAUCUGGAUGAUGGGCAACCUGGCCAGGCCGGGCUACCUGGCAACGGCCGAGGGGAUGUGGCCCUACUCCUACAGCACCUGCGAUGACGCCGCCGGGAAGGUGGCGUGGAGCACGCUGCCGGGCCAGCGCUUUUCCGCCUGCAUGGACCGCCCGGGUCAGGACCGGGGCAGGUUUGGAUGGGAGCAGGGGCGGGGCCGCGGAGCCCCGGAGGUGGACCUCGUGGAAGUUGGGAUGGGGUACAGGAAGGUGGACAAGGAGGGCAGGGCCAAGGGCGCCGGAUCCCCUCCGACGGCCUCGCACAGCCUGCAGAUGGCGCCCCUGCAGCCGCCGGGGACGCCCUUCAUGGAGCGCGGCGUGGCAUACCCGGGCUCCCAGACGCACCACAAGACGACCGAGAACGACUGGAAGGGGGUGCACGGGCGGCCCGGGAACCUCUGGCAGGACUGCUUCUCCGCCAAGUCCCUGCUGAACGGCACGUUCUACGCGCAGUUUCACAAGUUUGGCCUGUUCUGGCAGCCUGGGGAGGUGAUGCGAUGGACGAUCGAUGACCAGGUGGUGUUUGAGGUCAACGCGGAUGCCCUGGUGGAGGUCACGAAUGCGACGGGGGCCUACGCUGGCCCGCGCUCGAUCCCGAACGAAGCCAUGUACCUGGUGAUGAACUUUGGCAUGAGCUACUCCUUUUCGUCGGUGGACCUCGCCCACCUGGCGUUCCCUUCCAUCAUGAAGAUUGAUCACGUCAGGCUGUACCAGCUGACAGACAAGAUCAACGUUGGAUGCUCGCCCAUGAGGUACCCCACGAGUCAGUACCUGGCCUGCAACAAGGAGAGGUUUGUGCCGUUGAAGGAGGACAAGAUCAGGAUCCCAGACAGGUGCCUGAGCACCACCAGGAGCUACCUCCCAGCGCUGGUCUGGAUCGCGGCACUGGCUGCAUAUCUGUAUUAUAAGAGCUGA